AUGCUUUUUAUUUGCUUUUUUGUGUGUAUCCAGCAUGUUUCAUUACCCAAUGCAUCUUGUACAUAACCAUGCAUCCUAUAAAAUAUCUGUUCUUGUUUCUGUUUGAUUUCGUUUAUCCUAGUACUUUGAAAGACGAUUCGAUCGAAGGGUUCGCAUAUUUGGAUCCUGCCUCUUUGUGGUGAUGAAUAUUUUAUGGCAACCCAUCUGUAUCUAUGUUCCAGCCUUAACUCUAAAUCAAGUUUCUGGAAUAAGUGUUCACAAGAUUGUACCCCUAACAAGUUUUGUUUGUAUUUUGUACACCAGUGUGGGUGGUAUCAAGGGUGUUGUUUGGACGGAUGUCAUUCAGGGCAUCGUUAUGGUUGGAUCCAUGCUUAUAGUCAUUAUUAAGGGCACUAUGGAUUUGGGUGGCCUGAGCGUUGUGUUGGAGCACAAUCGUCAGUACGAUCGUCUGGUUGGUCCUGAUAUGACCUUUGAUCCCACUGCGAGAAUGGGUGUGUUUGCCUUGUUUAUUGGUGGCGCCUUGUUCAAAUUGCAGGCAAAUGGAAUUAAUCAGGCCAUAGUUCAGCGUUACCUUACUUUGCCCAACAAUAGGGAUGUUAAAAGGGCUCUAGUCCUAUCCCUAAUUGGUUUUAUGCUCGUCAUGUUGAUGUGCGUUUAUAUUGGAAUGCUGGCAUUUGCUGAGUUUUACCAUUGUGAUCCCAUCACAACGGGGCUUGCUCGUGCGAAGGAUCAAGUUAUCCCACUCUAUGUGGUCAAGAAUGUGGGUCAUAUUCCCGGCCUGGUUGGUCUAUUUGUGUCUGGAGUUUUCAGUGCCGCCCUGAGUUCCCUUUCGACAGCCCUAAAUGCCCUUUCCGGUGUGAUUCUCACGGACUUUGUGGAACCCUAUAGGAAAAAGCCCUUGACUGAAAGACAAACCGCCUAUUUGUUAAGGGGAGUGGUCAUUUCCUUUGGCCUGGUCUCGAUGGCCAGUGUUCCGAUUGUCCAGAGAUUGGGGCUAGUCAUGCAGCUAUCCUCCACAGUGGCGGCCAUAACUUGUGGCCCACUCCUGGGAGCCUUCAGUGUGGGCAUGCUACUGCCUUUUGUUAAGACAGAGAGUCUUCUCACUGGCAUCUCUUGUGCCUCCACCUUUACAGCCUAUAUUGUGGUUCGAGCUCAGAUAGCCAUUUUCACAGGAGCACUGACUUUCCCAGCGAAACCCAUUUCUAUAGAGGAUUGUGAUUAUACCUUUGACCUCCCCGAGAAUUGGAAUGCCACCACCACGGCAACUCCAAUCGAAUCCACUAGUCAUGGCCUUCAUGAGAUCUCAUUUUUGUGGUACACCGCUGUGGGUUCCGUGGGCACUGUACUUGGAUCUCUGCUGGCCACUCUCUACUUUGGUCGCCAGGAUCCCCGUUUGGUGGAUCCCGAACUCAUCAGUCCAGUACUGAGAAAAUUCUGGUAUGGAAAGUACAAGAGUGUGGCCAGUGAAAGUGAUGAAAAAUCCGAUUUUAAUCUCCACGAAUCGGAAACUCAGACCAAAUUGGAUCAGUCCGAAAAGUCAUAGGGAUAGUUAUUAUAUAUUACUUUAAUCCCGUAAAUAUAUUAACAG